UGCCUCCGUCCGUCUCUGCCGAGCUGCAUCUGCCUAUCAAGUCGCUCUCCCUCCGCCCUUCAAAGUCGUGAGCCGCUGAGAUGGGUUACGUCUGAGCGCUACGACAGCAGUUGCCAUGGCCGUGUGCGCGUCCCUGGAAGCUAAUAGCCAGUACCAAACCAUCCUCGUCCGGUGCAUCGCUAUUGGCCGGACGACGAAUCCUGUCCUGUGGCGGUCGACGCUCUCAAUUAGCCGUUUUGUUGCAUGCACAUCCAUGCUGACAGCGACCAUUCUGCAGCGCGACGGGUGCGACUCGAUCGACUCCAUCAUGGCGAGCAUUCAAACGGUGCCCAUUUUCACUUCAUCCCUCUCGCCGCUCAACUUUCCGCUCACUUGUCAAUGUGCCCACGGCAGCCUCGAUCUCGGGCCGCACACUCAACUCGCCAACUCGCGGUCAUCGAGAUGCAUGCCGAGCACGCCGCACGGGACAGGCCGAUGUCGAUGGAGACGAUGGCGCAGGGUUUCGAGACGGCGCGCUGGACGGCAACGAGCUGAGGACGAACACGGUGCAGACGUGGUACGACGACAUCAUCGAGCGUUGCAUCGCAGAAGCGCGCCGUCGUGCUGCACGCGUCGGUGUAUAACGUGCCGCGGCGGGCCUUCAUCGCUACGGGUGUCGAGGCACCGUCGGACGAGGCGGCGCUGGACGGGACGUACGGUUCUGAGGCGAGACCGCAGGGCCCCGCUGGACGCGUGCGUCGUCACUGCGAUGAGCCCCUCGCGCGCUCACAUGCCACAUCGUGGGCGAGUCGAAGGCCUGCGACACGCGACCGAGCGACGUGCAAUUGUGCGCGCUGGGAGGACGCGUACCCCACUGCGCCUUCUCUUAUUCGCCGGUCAUCGCGUCCGUCAGUGCUAGCGAGCACUCUUACCUUGGGCGGUCGACGCCGCUCUGCUCGAGGCCAAGCCUCCUCACUCAUCGUGUGCGCACCCAUUUCGGUUGCGCGCCUGCAUGCUCCUCAGCAACCUCGGGCGCGCUCGGGACCU